ACAGAGCCUCUCCUCUCAUCGUCCCUCGCCGAGCUCGACGCCACCUCAGACGAUCGCCAUGCGUCCACCGCGCUCCCCUGCGCCCGCCGCGGCGCUGCUCGCGCUCGCGGUGGCGCUGGCUCUGGCCUCCGCCGCCGCGGCCCGCCACCCCUACGCCACCGUGCCGCCGCCGGCGGAGCGGGCGGACGAGGAGGUGCGGCGCAUGUACGCGUCGUGGAAGUCGGAGCACGGCCGCCCGCGCGGCAACUGCGACCUGGCCGGCGGCGAGGAGGAGGACCGGCUGCGCCUGGAGGUGUUCCGCGACAACCUUCGCUACAUCGACGCGCACAACGCGGAGGCGGACGCGGGGCUCCACAGCUUCCGCCUCGGCCUCACCCCCUUCGCCGACCUCACCGUCGAGGAGUACCGCGGCCGCGUCCUCGGGUUCCGUGGCCGCCGCAGCGCGGCUCGCCGGGCCGGGAGCACGCGCUACCUGCGCCGCCGCCGCGACCAGCUCCCCGACGACGUCGACUGGCGCCAGCUCGGUGCCGUCACCGAGGUCAAGAACCAAGAGCAAUGCGGUGGGUGCUGGGCGUUCUCGGCAGUGGCAGCCAUGGAGGGGAUCAACUCGAUCGUGACGGGCAACCUCAUCUCGCUGUCGGAGCAGGAGGUGAUCGACUGCGACAGCCAGGACGGCGGCUGCAAUGGCGGAAUCAUGCAGAACGCCUUCCAGUUCGUCAUCAACAACGGCGGGAUCGACACCGAGGCCGACUACCCCUUCACCGGAACCGACGGCACAUGUGACGCCAACCGGGUGAAUGAAAAGGUUGUGACCAUAGACAACUUCGUGGAUGUGGCGACCAACAACGAGACGGCGUUGCAGGAGGCGGUGGCGAGCCAGCCCGUUAGCGUCGCUAUUGAUGCCGCCGGUCGCGCAUUCCAGCACUACCAGUCGGGCAUCUUCAACGGGAUGUGCGGGACGAGGCUGGACCAUGGCGUGACGGCGGUGGGCUACGGCAGCGAGAACGGCAGGGACUUCUGGAUCGUGAAGAACUCGUGGAGCGACGGCUGGGGCGAGGGCGGCUACAUCCGGAUGGCGCGCAACGUGCCCUCGCCCAGGGGCAAGUGCGGCAUCGCCAUGGACGCGUCGUACCCGGUGAAGUACAGCUCCAACAGCAACCCGGCGGCCAGGGCGGCGAUGGCUGUGCUGGAGAUGGUCAUUGCUUAGAGGCACAGAGAAAGAGAGGCGACGGCCGCCGCUAGGUUGCCCCUUUGUUGCUGCGGUGUGUGUGGAGCUGAGUUGCUCAUUUGCAGUAGUGUUGUGAUGCGCGAGGAUCUUGCUGAACUUAGUAUAUGCAUGUAGCACCGGAAAUAAGUUAUUAUGAUGUAUUAAGUUAAUAAGUCAUGUAAUAAAUACUAUACUCCUUUUGAGGGGUAAUGUAAUAAAGUUUCAAAUAAAGUUGUUUGUGCUUA